UGACAAUUGUUUAAAUUUUAUCACUUAUCCGAACCGACCCCGGAUGGUUCUUCUAAUUAUUCCUAAUCCCAGAAGGGCAUACAUGUCCUUCCAAACUGAAUAGUGGUGCGCCUAGAUGACCGUUUUCUUGGGCAAGAGGAAAGGUUUACAAUACUUUGAGCUUUCUACUUCUUUUUCUUUUGGAUAACCAGUUCUUUCCCGGAUCUAAAACCUCUAGCUUUCAAGCAUGAAUAUGGUGGAUUCAACGACUCCGACUCAAACCAGUUUGCUGGAUUCCCGGAACAAUUCGCAAAGAACUAUGUACCCCUAUGUAACAGGCACUUCAGUGGUUGGAAUAAAAUUCAAAGAUGGUGUACUAAUGGUUGCUGAUAUGGGAGGGUCUUACGGGUCCACCUUGCGUUACAAGAGUGUGGAGCGAUUGAAGCCUGUUGGGAAACACUCCAUUGUUGGUGCAAGUGGUGAGCUUAGUGAUUUCCAAGAGAUAUUGCGCUACCUUGAUGAGCUUAUCUUAUACGACAAUAUGUGGGACGAUGGAAACUCAUUGGGUCCCAAGGAAGUUCACAAUUAUCUUACGCGUGUAAUGUAUAACCGACGGAAUAAGUUCAAUCCUCUUUGGAAUUCCCUCAUCCUUGGUGGUGUGAAGAAUGGACAGAAGUUUCUCGGAACGGUAAAUAUGAUUGGUGUGCACUAUGAGGACAAUCAUGUGGCUACCGGAUUUGGGAAUCACCUUGCUCUGCCCAUUCUGCGUGAAGAAUGGAAUGAAAACAUGAGUUUUGAAGAAGGUGUCAAAUUGUUGGAGAAAUGUAUGCGUGUGCUUCUCUAUCGUGAUAGGUCUGCUGUGAACAAGAUCCAGAUUGUGAAAAUCACUGAAGAGGGUGUGACCUCAUACCCGCCAUACUCGUUAAAGACAUAUUGGGGUUUCUCCGCUUUUGAGAAUCCAACAGCUGGUGCUGAAGGUUCAUGGUAGUCACCGGCUCUCAGAUGAGAAAAAACAAAGCUCUAGCAGUGUUUUGGUUGAAACAGUUCUUACAUGUACUGCCAUCUUUGUUGUCAUCACACUCAUAAUUAAUUAGUUGAUGUUGUUAACUAAAAGCAGACUGUUUGAGUGAGAACUUGUUUUAUCUUAUUUCCCGUGUGUUUGAGUAAUGUAUUGUGGUUCAUGAUGUUUGUAUGGAUAUAUUCGUAUUGCUUCCCUUCUUCAAUUGGUUUUGUUCUCAAAUAUUGAUCUGCUUCAAUAAUUUGUGCAUGGUUCUUAUUGCU